AUGUUCAUUUAUGCACUGGAUGUAUUUAAUACCUUGUUUCUUUUGCAUGAGCCAGAAGAACUCAGGAUGAGCAAAAGGAAUAAUUUUGAUAUUCAAAGCACAAAAAUCUGUGUUCUCUGUGGACGGACAGAUGACUGCCCUGAAAAGUAUGGAGAAAAAAGGACCUAUGUGGAAUACAAUCUCACUGUUCAUUAUUACUGUUUGUUAAUGUCAAGUGGCAUUUGGCAGAGGGGUGAAGAAGAUGAAGGUGUAGAUGGAUUUUUGAUCGCAGAUAUUAGAAAAGAAGUAAAAAGAGCUGCAAAACUGAAAUGUAAUAUCUGUAAGAAAAAGGGAGCUUCAAUUGGAUGUGUAGCUCCUAAAUGCAAACGAAGUUACCAUUUUCCUUGUGGGAUACAAAGGGAAUGCAUUUUCCAGUUUAUGGAAGACUUCAGAUCUUACUGUUGGGAACAUAGACCAGUCCAAGAGUUUAUGGACAAAGAACCUAGAGGAGCUUCACAGUGCACAAUAUGCCUGGAUUUGGUUGAACAUCUUCCAGUGUACACUGUAUUGAAAAGUCCUUGCUGUAAAAAUGCUUGGUUUCAUCGAGAAUGCUUGCAGUAUCAAGCUUUGAGUGCUGGGAUAUUUUUCUUUAGGUGCACAGUAUGUAAUAACAAGGACAAAUUUCAAAAUGAAAUGUUGAGAAUGGGCAUACACAUUCCAGAAAGGGAUGCAUCUUGGGAACUUGAAGAAAAUGCAUAUCAAGACUUACUGCAUUGUUAUCAACACUGUGAUGUUAAAAGGUGUCUCUGCAAGAAAGGAAGAGACUAUAAUGAACCUGAUAGUAAAUGGGAAAUUCAGCGUUGCCAGUACUGCGGUUCUCGUGGGACUCAUUUGGCCUGUUCAUCUCUGAAGGCAUGGGAGCAAAACUGGGAGUGCAUGGAAUGCAGAAGUAUCUUUGCAAAAUCAGGGAAGUAUAGCAAACGGAAAAAGCGUGCUUUGUCUGCCUCUGAAAAUUCAAAUGGAACACCUUGUUUGCUGGAAGAGCCACCUCCAAAGUCCCCUCGGCAGUCAUCUGGAUCUCCACGCAGUUUUCUACUCCAAUCACCAAAGAUAAUGUGCCAGAACUUGUCACCGUGCUCACACCUAGAACAGCCAGCAUCCAACAGAGUGACAGUGUCCCCAUCUCCAGUGAUGUCAAACUGGAACUGGUCCCUGAGGCACAAGUAUUUAAGACAGCAAAGAAAGGAAGUUUGUAAUAUACUGAAGGAGUUAAAGGUACAAGUUCAAACAAAAACAACAAGACUUAACAUCAAUGCAGAAAAUAUUUGGAGUAGUGCUUUAAAAGGAUUUAGACAGCGCAUCUUCAGUCCUACAAACACUAUUGAAGUAAAUUUCUCAAACUGCAAAAAUAGAUCGAAGACAAAUACUUCUUCUGCAUCAAAACACCAUUUCUUCCAAGUAUUAAUGCUUCACCUUCAGAAUUCAUCAUUGUUUGAGGGCUCUUUUGGAAAGAACUUGUCCCUUGAUUUUCAAGCUUUAAAAGAAAAUCUUUAUUUUGAAGCUGGUAAAAUGAUUGCUGUUUCUCUGGUUCAUGGUGGUCCACCUCCUGGUUUCUUUUCCAAAACGCUGUUCAAAUGUCUUGUCUAUGGUCCAGAGAAUGCGAAGCCAGUUUUGGAAGAUGUUGCUGAUGUUGAUGUAGCACAAACAAUAAAAACGAUAAAGUAUGCAAAUAGUCUGUCCAGCCUACAGUCUACACUACAGGACUGCUGUGAAUUCCUCACUGCUGCUGGCUGUUUUAGACCUGUAACAGCUUUGUGUGAUAAGAACAUGCUGGUGAAUGACAUACUGAUCUAUCAUGUAAUCAAGAGAAUUACUUUACCCCUAGAAAGUUUUAGGCAGGGUUUGAAAACACUUGGUGUUCUGGAGAAAAUGCAAACGCACCCAGAUGUGUUCUCUAGCAUAUUCUGCUACAAACCUGAAAGACUUUCAGCGGAAACUGUUUACAAUCUCUUUACAAUCCAUUCCUCAUCAGAUGUAAAUAAAGUUGAAGGUGCUGAUUUUUGGAUGGGCUAUUUGCAAGAUGUGGAAAGUGGUGACUCUGUAGUGACAUUGGAGGAUAUUCUGCUCUUUGUAACAGGCUCCUCUUAUAUACCAGCCAUUGGUUUUGAUCCUGAACCUACUAUUAAAUUUUUACAUAUAAGGUAUCCCAUUGGAAACAGACUUCUUAAUUGCUUAGAGCUUCCUAGAACAAAGACGUAUCAGCAGUUCAAAAAUAAAAUGGAGCUCACCAUCAGAAACACACUAAGAGUUGAAAGGGAGUAAGUAUUUUUGCUAUUAAACUGAAUGUUGGAAACCUUGAGUUUUCUUCGGGAACAUCUGCUUUCAGUUUGCUACUGUAUUUUUGGACAACAUGCUUUUAGUAUUUUCUGACCUUUCCUCCAAAAUUAUGCUAAAAGUUGUUAUGAGAUGGAAAACAAUUAUCAAAUUUAAAAAAGCCUUUAUCUCCUGAAAAAUUUUCCUUUUGAAGUUGACCUUAAGAGUCCUACAUCUCAUGCAGAAGUAGUUUAAAUGUUAGCUUUUGCUGUAGACAGGUAUGAAAAACACACUCUGUAACAGGCAAGUAUGUGGAUUGUAUCAAAUACUUAAGUAACUUAUUUGUCAAAAACAAGCCAAGUACAUUUUGAAGAUAAUUGCUGUAUAGAGUUGUCUUGCAUAAAACUGUGAUGCAGUUCUUCAGUAAUUGUUUUGUAUUGAUUCAUUUAUGUUCUUAUGGAAGGUCUGGAGAAAACCGCUAAAAUAAUUCAGUGUAAGAACAAAAUUUGGUUGAACUCGUGUCUCUGUUUUUAAACAAGAUCUUUGACAUUUGCACAUUUCUGCAUUCUACUGUCAUACAUUAAUUUUUAAUUACACAUAGAGCCAAAAUAGUAAAAACCAGAAGGAAAUCUUGAACAUGCAACAAUACCUGGUCUUUCAAAGUGAAAUAUAGGAGUUAGACUUAAUGUUUUAAAGUAUGAAAGAACAAAAGUUUGUUGCUCAUUAGAGCAUAUAAACUUGUCCUCCAUUUAAGUAUUUUCAUUCAACCAUGCACUAAAACUCUUUGUUAAACUAAAGGCAGUCGACCAUCAAGCUUGUCUGGGCCUGAUGCUUUUCUAGCUUUUAUUCUAAAUUCUUCCAGUUCAGUCAUAGGCACAUUCUGAGCACUGUAUAAAAUAUAUUUCAGUGCUGCAGUAAUUUGUGUAAAUGGCUGGGCCAUUAAGCUGUAAAAUAUAAGUCGUGAAAUUCCCAUACAGCAAUACUUUAAUGUUACUAAUGCAAAAACUAUGACAUUAAAAGGACAUUUAAAUACAUUAUUUUUAAAUGUAUGCUGCUCUCUGUUUUGAAAUUAUACUAUUUCCCUCUGUUUUGACUGCCUGUGCUAUAUGUCCUUAACAUAAGCUGUGCUAUACAUGUAAUACAGAUACAUGCAUCUGUCUAUAUGUAUGCACAUUAUUCAAAAUACUGGAAAAUAAUUAUAUACUUUUUUUAUUAAUAUAGCUUGGUUUGAAUUGAAAAUAUAAGCAGGAUCACUUUACAUUUGAAUUCUUUGGCAAGAAAGUACAUCCACAGUAAUUAUAAAUGGCUAGGUGCUUCUGCAAAAAUAAUAGAAAGUCUAAGGAAAUCAUUGCAAGUCCUUAUAGAUCAGACAUUUUUCAUUACUAAUGCCUAAAACAAUCUAAUCUCAUCAGUCUUGUCAUUAUAAAUUUAAGACUAUUAGAAAGUAAGACAAGAUUUAGAGUGGUUUUUGCUUGUUGGCCAAAAGCAUAUUCAAGUCUCCUUUAAAAGAAACAUAUCAUCUCUUGGAGAAUGUAAUUUGGCUUUUUUAUAUACUAAACAUUUUCUCAGUGUCUUCUCCAAUAAUAUUUUGUGUUUCUGAUCUUUGCAUAAUUUUUGACUCUCAUUAUGUCAAUAAAUUCUUCUAGUCUUAGCAUUCCCAAUGGUCUGUUACCAUUACAGUGAGAGUGGUUUGGCACAAAUUUGUUUACAUAAUAAAGAUUUAUGUUGUAUGUUUGUAUUUUUCAAAUAUAAUUACUUUCCUGAAAAUAUCAUAUUAUACUUUAAAAAUGGGUGCAGUAUUUGUUUUUCUUGCCUAGCUAAUGAUGAAUAUGUUCUCUAAUGUUAUUCUUCCAUAUGAGAAGUACAGAUUUUACAAAAGUAGCAAGCAGAAUGUGACUAAUUUUAAAGGAUGAGGACUUUUGGUACCUGCAGUGGCAAGAGAAAUUGUUCAGAACCUGGAACUAAUAAACAGCAUUUUAAAACCUUCAAUGGGGAAAGAAGUAAUAAAACAAUGUGAACAUAAGGCUUCAAAACAUACCUGAGAUUACAAAAAUAGAGUUCACACCUUUUAUUGCUUAUAACUUUUGAACUCAGCAGUUAAAAGGCUUUUAUAUAAAGGCAGAACUAACUUAUAUGCCAGAUAUAAAAAAUGUCAACUUUAAAACGAUCUUGCACAGAUUUUGUUCCCAUUGUCCUGAACGGGUACAUGUCAGUGUCAGACAAGUUGUCUUCCCUUUUCUAUUGAUUUGAUCAGCUCUAUCUAGACACUCCAAUACAAUACUUCAUAUAUUCAAGUGGUAUUCCUGAAUGCUGCUAUGGAAAGCAAUUUCCUCAUUUUCAGCAUUUCUAUAGACCAGUCAUAAAUUCUUUUGAACUGUUCAUUAGAAUUCCAUUGAAUAAGCUAACUUCCAAACACAGAAUUGUAUCCCUUGUCUUGACAUUGUAGAAACAAUUUAUAUAGUUAUAAGGACCCUAUAUUUUUUAUUGUUGUAGCAGAUCAUUGAAGUGCAAUAUUAUGGGGUAGUUUUCAUUUUACAUAAAUAUAGCCUGAGGCGUACCUUGAAAUUAGGGAGGCUACUUACUUUCAGUAUUUCUGUAACACAGGGAGAAUAAUUGUGUACACAUCAAUGUAUAAAAUAUAUUAUAGACAGUGCUUCUUUUAUAAGAUUUGUCAGCAUCAUGAAAGAACUAUUGCAGUCCUUUUUGUGUUUGGCCAAAGAACUUCACCUCACAGUUUCUGCAUCAAACCUUUAGUUUCCAUCUGGAAUUAGCACAUCAAAUAAGCUAUUUGUUUUCUAGAGUGAUAAUUUUCUGCUAAACUGUAAUAUAUUAGUAUCAGUGGGUUUAGUAUGGUCUCCUUAAUAAUGUAGAUAGAAUAAAAAAACCAUCGUCAAGUAUUUUAGCUCUAUGUCUGAAAAACCAAGGAAUAAGAAAUCUGUGACUUGCUUUUUUGCCCAUUCAGAGGAUGCUUACCAGAAAAAGCUGUUAAGUUUUUUAACUGAAUGAAAAGUGAAAUAUAGUCCAAAGGAGAAAAAAUUUCUUUGUACUACAAGUCUAAACCAUUGUGUGCUGCACCUUUGAUUAUCUUCAUUAAGAUGUUAUGUCCUGGAAUUUGAAAACAUGAGAAUUUUGAAUUAAUUCACGUUCACAUUCUGUAUAUGCAAAAAAAUCUACUUUAAAUAAAAUUGCAACAUACAAGCCUACAAAAUAUGCCUUUCAAGUAUAUUUUGAAUCUGUUUUAUAUGGUAAAACAUUUUAAAGAUCAAACUUUUCUGUUUCUUACCUAAGGGAAUAUCUAAUAGGAAAAAAGAAAAAUAAAAAUGCAAAAACUUUUAAUGUGUCAAAUCAUAUGUAUACAGAAAAUCAUUUUCAAAAUGUUAAUGUUUGUAAAAAAACUAUAACCAACCUGCUGAUUUUGUAUUACAUAAACAAUGAUAUUUUUAAAGUUAUGGUAUUUAGAAUGUUAUGCAAUAUACUGUAAUUUUGUAAAUUUUUUUAGCUCUAACUUGAACUCUGCAGGAUCAGUGCCUAAACUCUGUUGCAUCUUCAAGCAAUAUUUUGUAGCAUCAGUGUUGAAUAAUCAGUAAUUGUGGGAAAUACCGUGUAUAUGUGCAAAGUGCAAUAAAAGGUUAAAUACGUA